CUUUGUGCUGGGCAGAGCUUCCCCGCACCCAGGCACCCUGGGAGAGGGGGCUGCUGGACAAGCCUCCCCAGGCAGCACCCAGAGACAGGCUGGGAGGAAGCAGCCACUGCUGAGCUCUGGGGCAGGUGUGUGAGCUGGUCUGAGCCUGGCCCUGCAAGCCUGAGCUAUGCCACAAGAGGUGUCCAAGCUGAACCUGGGGAAGAAGAUCAGCAUCCCCAGAGAUGUGAUGCUAGAAGAGCUUUCUCUCCUCACCAACAAAGGAUCCAAGAUGUUCAAAUUACGCCAGCUAAGAGUGGAGAAGUUCAUUUAUGAGAAUAACCCUGAUGCCUUCACUGACAAUUCUGUGGAUCACUUCCAGAAGUUCAUCCCACCAGGAGGGAGCUAUGGGGAAGAUGCUCAUGGCUAUGCCCACGGGCGGAUGGUGGGAGGAUCGGCAGCCGGGCAGCACGGCUCCAGCACGCAGCAGCAGCCCGGGGCCCCUCCCAGGCCUGCGAGCAGAGGAGGCGCCAGAGAUGGUGAAGGGGAGCAUGCAGGGAAAUCGUCUGGAAGUGCUGGAGAAGGAGGCAAUGGUACUGACAAAGAUGGGAAGUCAGGAGGCAAAAAAGUUACUAUAUUUAAAACUUAUAUCUCCCCUUGGGAACGAGCGAUGGGUAUCAGCCCUGAGGACAAAAGCCAGUUCUCCACAGACUUACUGUCAUACAGCCCCAAAGCUGACUUCCCCCACUACAAGUCUUUUAACCGGACUGCCAUGCCUUAUGGGGGUUUUGAAAAAGCAGCCAAACGAAUGACCUUCAAAGUGCCUCAGUUUGAUAUCUGCCCUUUGCUCCCAGAAUCUCUCAUGAUAUAUAAUCAAAAUUUCAGCAAAAGACCCUCCUUCAACAGAACCCCAAUACCUUGGAUGCCUUCAGGAGACUUCUCAGAGUACCAGACUGCGGUCAAUGUGCCAAUGAGUGGUGAAACAGAAGAGUUGUAAAUCCCC